AUGGCAAACGGGUUGAGCCAUCGCAUGUGCCUGCCCGAGGAGCUGACUGGCUGCAUGUUUAUCCGUACAUGUGGCCACUGUAAGCCGCUGUCCGGCUUCCGCAAUAGUCUCGAGCGCACGGACCACUUACAUGCUUUGUCCGAUUUUGACCCAUCGCGAAAUCGAGCCAGGCAGCAUCAGCCAGCGCCUUUUCAUCUUCAUCCCUCGCAUCCCAAACCCGCGCGCCACGCCUCCGACGGCUUCCAUCCCGGUGGGCAAGCCAGCAGUGCAAUUCUCGCGUGGACGCUCAUUCCGCUUGCGCGCGAUACGAAACGCCCUUGCGACGCGACAAAAUUGCUUCCUCUCGCCGAAUCCUCGCCACGCUUCGUCUGUCCCGACCGCCAUCAUGUUCUUCCUGAAAAAUAUGGAGCGCAGAGUUACUCUGCAUCCGUCUUAAUCCCGAGCGAUACCAAAUGGGACCCCAAUGCGACGCCCCCUCAAUUCACAAACAACGAGGACACCGUCAUCGAGCCCAGCACACAUGUACGAGUAAAGAUUAUCGGAACGAGAACCGAAGUCGGCGAGAUGUGGGCAAUUGGCAGUAUCAAGGAAGACUACCUGGGGUAA